CCCCCGCGCAAUUGCCCAACAUUUUAAAUAUUUAGGUAUCGAUAAAAAUCGAGAUAAGAUAAAAUCAAAACAAUCAACGAUUAAUCUCAGUUUUUUUCGCGAAAAUGUCUGAAUUGGUGGUCGGAAUUGACUUAGGAACAACGAAUUCUUGUAUUGCCGUUGAACGAAACGGUAAAAUCGAGGUAAUACCGAAUCGCGAAGGCAACAGAACCACGUUAUCGUACGUUUAUUAUGGCGAAGACAGCAUCCUUGUUGGCAAAACGGCCAAAUACAUGGCCAGCGCCAAUCCAUCAAACGGCAUUUACGAGAUCAAAAGACUGAUCGGCUGUUUGCACGACGACCCUGAUAUCGAAUCCGAGCGCAAAUCGCUAAAUUAUGAGUUGGUCCGCGGCACCAACGGCGAGAUUUUGAUCCAAGUCGAGCAAAACUCGGAGAAAUUUCACACUUUACCGGAGGAAGUGUGCGCCAGGAUCCUCCACCGUCUGAAAAUCGACGCUGAAAUGUACCUUGGACAGAAAGUGAGCAAAGCGGUGGUCACCGUCCCCGCGUACUUCAACAACAAUCAAAGGGCAGCGACUCGGGACGCCGCCAGAAUCGCCGGCUUCGAAGUGCUGAAGCUGGUGAACGAACCUAGUGCUGCCGCUCUGGCCUACGUCCGCGAAAAUCGCAUCAAAAACGGCCGAGUUAUCCUAAUUUACGACCUGGGUGGUGGCACCUUUGAUGUGUCCAUUGUCCGGACAGAGAACGGAACAAUCAAAGUGCUAUCAGUCGACGGUGACACGCAUCUAGGAGGCCAGGAUUUUCUGAACCGCCUUGUAGACCACGUGGUCGAUUACGUGCAAACCAAACACGGGAUAAAAGUGCGCGAAAACAAACGCUUGAUGAUGAACAUUUUGAAUUCGUGCGAGAAAACCAAAAAAAUUCUGACAAGUGCAAACCGAACCGUCAUCCCGCUGGAAUUCAGCGGCCACUUCGACCAGUUGGAAGUCACACGUGAACAGUUCGAGGAGCUAAACCGCGAUCUCUUCGCCAAAACGGUCAAAAUCCUCGACAACUGCAUCAGGAACCGACGAAUGAGCAAGGAGGAAAUUGACGAGGUUUUGCUAGUCGGAGGCUCCUCGAGGAUUCCCCGGAUUGAAACCCUCCUCAAAGCCUACUUCGACAAACCCAUCCAGCGCAACAUCAACGCCGACGAGGCCAUCGCCAUAGGGGCGGCCCUUGAAGCCCACCAUUUCGCCCAAACCCACCACAAUUCGCUCCUAAUUGACGUGCUUCCACUUUCAAUAGGGACGGUUUUCGACGAAGAGACCAUUUUUUUCAAUUUCGCGCGCAACACGCCGCUCCCAGCCAACUCCAAACACGUCCAUGUUUUCAAAAAUCGCAAACAAAAGAACUGUAUUUUGUCGGUGUACGAGGGGGGGCAUUUGGAUUGCAAUAAAAACGUCCUGUUGGGGGCGCACGAAAUCAAAUGGACGGCCACAACGAAAAAGAACAGAAAUGUCGAAAUUACGAUGCAAAUUAACAAUUAUGGGAUUAUUUGGGUGACGGCGAGAGGCGAGUCGAUUAAGACGUUCAGCAUUGCGCUGAAUAAGGGACGACUUGAAGACGACGAAAUUCGGAAAUUGAGCCGAGGAUUGCAAGUCUCGUAACCCACAUGCGACGCCUAUGGCUGCCGUUGGUAUGGAAAUAGCGAAAAAUCCAUGGUUACAACGUUUGUUGGCAUGGAAAUGUUGAAAUUUUGAUUGUUGAUGCAGUGGCGUCACAUCCUGCGCUCUUAUUAUUUAAAUAAAAUAUAAAAUAUAAGUGGUCGUUUCAGUAGAAUUAGUUUUAUCCCACGCAAUAAUCAAAAACGAAUGCGUUUUCAUUUAUUUUUCAAGAACUUGUAGAACAAGGAGUUGUUUGUCUCGAUUCAGCUCGACUGUAAAUAAAAUUUUAUGAAAAAUAA